ACGUGUUAUACGCAACAAUGGACCAGUAGAAGAGGGGAAAAACAACAAUGUUGUUAAAGAAAUAGAAGAGACAGAAAGCAAUAGUGAACAGAUGGUUACGAUGGAGUCAACUGUUGGAGAUAGCUAA